AUGGGGAAGGGCGCCUACGGAGCUGUUGAUAAUGUCCCUGCAAAGAAAGACACUUCCAUCUUGAAAAGGCUAGGCUCAUCAGGAAAACUGAAAAGAAUAAGCUCGGUGGCUGAUGAUCUGCUAGUCUUGAAAUCAAUUUGGUUCAACAAGGCGAGCGGAGAUGAUCACGCUGAGCGCCUGGAAAACUUCUACGGACCUCAGGCCGAAGCAUAUGACAACUUUCGGUCCAAGUUCCUGUGGGGUCGCAAGCCUAUGCUUGCCGCUUGCGCUGCUAGGUUGGCGGACAAGACUGAUCUGGUGUGGGUCGAUCUUGGAGGCGGCACAGGGGAGAAUGUGGACAUGAUGGCUGAGUACCUGCCCCUGGAGAACUUCAAGACCAUCUACGUUGUUGACUUGUGCAAGUCCCUGUGCGAGCAAGCCAAGAAGAAGGUGGACGCCAACGGCUGGAAGAAUGUGGUGGUUGUGGAGGGUGACGCCUGCACAUUCACGCCCCCAUCUGAGAAAGUGACGCUGGUCACCUUCUCCUACUCCCUAUCCAUGAUCCCACCCUUCCACUCUGCUGUUGACCGCGCCAUUUCCUACCUGGACCCCUCCAUCGGCCUCUUGGGAGUGGCCGACUUCUACGUGCCCUCCAAGUACGACUUGCCCCUGCGCCAGAUGUCCUGGUUGAGGCGCUUCUUCUGGAGGGCCACAUUCGACACAGACAACAUCGACAUUGGCCCGGAGCGUCGCAACUACCUGGACCACCGCCUGUCGCGCGUGUGGGAGAUGAACAGCGAGGGUUCGAUCCCCUACGUGCCCUUUCUGCGCGCGCCCUACUACGUGUGGGUGGGCCACGUGCCGCAGCUGGCCACUGUGAUGACGGAGAACAAGGUGGAGGCGCCGCCCAUGUUCCCGCCCACCUUCCUCUACACCAUGUCCUGGGAGGACCCCCGCCCCGACAUGGAGGUGCUGAAGAUCAACAAUGAUGACACUGUGCUGACGCUGACCAGCGGCGGCUGCAACUCGCUGAACCUGCUGCUGCAUGGCGCCGGCCAUGUCGUCAGUGUAGACUGCAACCCAGCACAAUCAGCCCUCUUAGAGCUGAAGGCCACAGGAAUAAGGCAACUCCAAUUUGAGGACUUCUGGCAGUUAUUCGGAGAGGGCAAGCACCCCAAAGUGGAUAGAUUAUACGAGACAAAACUUGCACCAUUUUUGACGCAAACGUCACACAAAUUUUGGAAGGACCGACUCUGGUACUUCAAGCAGGGUCUGUACUAUCAGGGAGGCAUGGGCCAGGUAGUGUACUACAUGCAAUUGUUGUCAAAGCUUUUUGGAAUGGGGGGCGCGAUGGAGAGGCUGGCCAAUGCGCCCACGCUGGCACAGCAGCGCGCCGCAUGGGACAGCGCCUGGUUUGUGCGCUUCUGCUCCAACGCCCCCGCCUGGAUCGUGGACGUCUCCACUCGUCUAAUCGCCCUCCUGUGCUUCAACCGCUUCGUCAUGUGGUUUGGUGCGGGCGUCCCCUGCAAGCAGUACAAGCUGAUCCACAAGGACGGCCUGCGCAUCUCAACGUACGUCGCGCGCACGUUCGACGGGGCGGCGCGCUCGUCGCACCUGCGCAAGGACAACUACUUCUACUACAACUGCUGCACCGCCCGCUUCGCGCGCGACAACUGCCCCUCCUACCUCAUCAAGGAGAACUUCACCGCGCUCAAGAACUGCCUCAUCGACAACCUCACCAUCUCCACCGGCACCUUUAUGGACGCCCUCACCUCGCGCAUCUUCACCAAGGUGAUCCUGAUGGACCACGUGGACUGGCAGGACAUGUCGCAGGCGCGCGUGCUGGCUGCCACGCUGGCCAAGCACGUGGCGCCAGGCGGGCGCGUCAUCUGGCGCUCGGCCGCGCUGUGCCCGCCCUACACGCGCAUCAUCCGCGAGGCCGGCUUCGAGGUCAAGUGCCUGCAGCGCGCCGACGAGGGCUACAUGGACCGCGUCAACAUGUACUCCUCCUUCUACGUCGCUGUGCGCAAGCCCACCAGGGCCCAGUGAACAGCCCAGCAGCGCUUAAUGGACAGCGGGGAAACUCUCCGCUGUAUCAGAUGCACUGCCCUCUGAAGGGAAAGCAGGAUAUUAGUUUGCAGUGUCUGCAAUGGCUUUCAGAACUCAUGCUGCAUGUCAUGACAGCUCUGCUGAGAGCAGCAUGAUUAUUCAGCAUUUUUUCCUAAAUAAAGAGGACGCACUGUCAAAAAAACUGCAUGUUCAGCUCAGCAAUGUACAAUCUCCUGAUUUGUGUCUGGCCAAUCGGAAGGGCAAAUUGUGCAGCGUCGAUCUUUGAGAUACUCGGUAAUAAGGGCAGCAACACUUACGAACUGUGUCUUCUAUGUCUAGGAACAGUCGAUGCAGAUGGUUUGCUCUCGGUGGCCUGGUGUGAAGGGGUUAAGAUUUGACAUGUAACGAAUGCAACAAUG